UUUACGUGAUGAUGUGACGUCAUGACGUCCUCUCUUCCUCACAACCCAGCAAGGUCGUAGCCUAACUAGCUAGCAGCGAAGAGCACAGACUAACAAGAUACAACGAUGAUGUCCAUUGCUGCUCGAUCGGGGGCAUUUUCCCCAUACUUGCAGGCAACGAAUUAUGCUGUUGCGGGGCUUCUCAAACCCUUAAUAACCGGAGUCGUCGUUAAUGGAGAGAAAGUGCUGGUAGAUGUGAAGAAACCAUUCCUAUGCCGCGAAUCUUUAAACGGACAGAGCCCGAAAACUGGGCCCGCAGUCUCUGUUAGCAUCAAUGCCCCAGCUGGAAUUCGGUAUGCCCACACAGACAUCAAAAUACCAGAUUUCUCCGACUACAGACGGCCUGAUGUUCAGGACCCCAAGAUGUCUUCCCAGGACAGCAGUGAGUCCAGGAGAACCUUCUCCUACAUGGUCACCGGGGCCUUCUCCAUAGUUACGGUCUACGCAGCCAAGACUGUAGUCACCCAAUUUGUCUCCUCCAUGAGCGCUUCUGCUGACGUCCUGGCUCUGUCCAAGAUCGAGGUCAAGCUGGGAGACAUCCCAGAGGGCAAGAACGUGACCUUCAAGUGGAGAGGCAAGCCUCUGUUCGUCCGUCAUCGAACAGAGAAGGAGAUUGCUGCGGAAGCCGCGGUUGACAUGAGUGAGCUGCGUGACCCCCAACACGAUACGGAACGCGUGACAAAACCCGAAUGGGUCAUUGUCAUCGGCGUGUGUACCCACCUGGGGUGCGUCCCCAUUGCCAACUCGGGGGACUACGGGGGGUACUACUGCCCCUGCCAUGGCUCCCAUUAUGACGCCUCUGGCCGUAUCAGGAAAGGCCCCGCACCUCUCAACCUGGAGGUUCCGUAUUACGAGUUCCUUGAUGAUGAAACGGUGAUGGUAGGAUAGAUGUGACAGACUACUUCUUUUAAAAAUACACAGGGCUGGUUUCCCCAGACUUGGAGCUCUAUGAUCAUUUGUGGAAUUGUGUCCAUUUGUCAUUUAAUUUGAAAUGGUCUUAGAGCUGCAAUGUUUUAUGGAGGCUCAAUCCUGCUUUAUAUGAACAGAUGUGUGAGAACUUCCCUGCAAAGUGGGUGAAAGUAAUUGUAAGUUAUACAUAAAUAAUCCUUGUACAGUGUAAUAAGUACUUCUACCAUCAGCUAAAUCUAUAUCUUCUGCACUGUACCUAAAUAAAAUUGGUUGUACAUUCAGAAUCACUCCACUUUUCUUUGUCAGUGUGGACUGUUGCUUUUUCUUAGGUAGGGCAGGCAAUGUACAGAAUCUCAAAAAAUGAAGAUUUGGCUGCAAGACUAAAGGUUUGAUGUUUGUGUUUGCUGGGGAAUGCUAGAAAAUUGAAAAUGUUUCAAACAAUUUAUUGUAUUGGUUGCCACAGCACCACUGUUCAGUCUUUGAAGGUAGACAAACGUGUGUACACAAACUGGUGUGAAAGUGACGAUACAGCAAGUUGUGUAAAGGCAAUGAUGACAUCUUUGAAAGUUUUAUGAUUUAAAUGCACACCUGUUUCUGCUUUGUUUAAAAGGCAAUCAGCAUACCCUCGGCACAGAUGCCAAUGGGUGCAGAUAAAAGUUAGUGUGUGCAGCAGACAUCCUCGCAACAAAUACACAUAAUAAAAUAUUUGUCUUUGUAUUCAUAAGAUUCCAAUUAGCAUAGAAGGUGAAGAGAAAUGUAUCCAUUAUGCUGAACAAAUAAACUUUCACAAAUUAA